AUCUUUUGUUGAUUGUUGUCAGAAUUGUUAAAUAAACAAUUAAAGUUUUUUUACAAAACAAGAUUUGUUUUGUGGACAUUUGGACAAGACGAGUCAUAUUCAUAAGACUGUUCUAUUCCUAAAUUUAUAUAGAUAUGGUAAAGUUCGUUCCUUGCACUGAGUCUCGUACAUAAAAUUAUACCGUGUUAUUAUUGAAUAACCAUAAAUUUAAACGAUGUAUCUGAAAACGUGGGGAAUUAUAAUUGUUUGCAUUAUAUUACAACAACACAGUUUAGCAUUUAACGUGAACGAUAUUACAGAGAGCUCAUUUGGCAAGUACACAGAAGGUGUGAUAGCUGCAUUCGGAGAUUUCAACUCUGAUGAACUGACAGAUGCUUUCUUUAUCAUCAAUGGUUCUAACGUUCAGGUUUUCUUAGCCCAUGAUAAAGAGCCCUUCUUGAGACCAUCUUUAUAUGCUUGUAAUUUCAGCAAUAUUCUUUUAACAAGCAUAGUGCCAGGAGAUUUUGAUGGUGAUGCUUAUAUGGAUAUUCUGAUAACUACUCAAAUAAAAAAUGAAACAUCCACUUUACAUGAAAUAAGAAUUUUGUGGGGUGGUAUGCCCAGUCUAAACUGUACAGAUGCAUUACUUAUUAAAGCAAUAUCAAUUGGACACCCCUUAGUUUUGGAUUACAAUCGUGAUAUGACACUAGAUUUGUUUGGUAUCAACACAAGAAAUGAACGUGUUUUCUGGAUAUUUAAUCAGUCUAGAACAACUCCAAUAGAAAUUUCUAUGGGACCUGAAAUAUUUAAAGAAAUAAAACUACCACAUUCUCAUUCAUUCUUGGAUGUGAAUGAUGAUGAUGCUGCUGAUUUAUUAGUGACCACAACCCUAGAUAUAGAAGUAUGGCUAAGUGAAGAUUCUAAAGGGUUUCAGUACAACUACAGUAUUGAGUUGCUGGUGGGUCAUCCAGUUAUAUAUGGUCAAGCACUUUUUAUGGAUGUUGCUUUAUCGGGAGAGUUCUUUUUGGUAAUACCUGUGUGCUAUGAUAUUGAAUGUGUAAACAGCACUAUUUUUAUCUAUGAUAAUAAGCAAUGGCAUGAUUUACAAGUGGACUUUAAUGACGGGAAAGGAACAUUGUGGAGAUUCACACCGCCACGGGAUGAAAUUUAUUUAGACACUAUAACAAUGCGCAGUGGAGAUUACAACAUGGACGGAUAUCCUGAUAUAUUGAUGACUCUCUGCCCUGUCAAUAGCAAUGAAACUAGAGCUUUCCUUUUUCACAAUGUAGCAUGCAACAUGCCAGGAUGUAAAUUUCACAGGACUUACCAGGUUCUGUGGGACAAUUUUGAUUCUUUUGGGAAAAAUGUCAUAAUGGCUACAUUUUAUGACUUUUACAUGGAUGGUGUCCUUGACAUAAUUUAUGUUAAAAAGAAUGACUCAGACGGCACAUACACCAUGCAUGCUUUUAGAAAUGAACUAGAGUAUGACACAAAUUUUAUUAAAGUUAUUGUAGUGACUGGAUUAACCAAUGAGAAGAUACCAGUUAUUAAUGGAACCUUAUAUAACAGGAAAGUCACGUUUGGCACUAAUUUACCAGGCCCUAAGAUUGGCUACAACACUUGGUCUCAGGAGGGCACUUACAGGACAGGUGUUUGUGCACAGUUGCCUCAGUCGGCAUAUUUUGCUCUACAACUGCCAUACUCUAUAUUUGGGCUUGAUCGGACUCCAAAUUUUGUUGAUACUUUAUCCAUUGGACUGUCUGGUUACUCCAAAAGCUGGACUCAGAUUAUUCCCAAUUCUCAAAUAGUAGUUAUACCUUCCCCACCUUAUGACCCUUCUCAAUGGAAGGCUCGAUUAUUUGUUACACCCAGCAAAGUUAUUCUUAAAAGCGUUUUUGUCCUCACUGCCAUCAUUAUUGUAAUAACAGGGCUUGUACUGUAUUUACAUUGGAAAGAAAGAAAUGAUAGGCAAGAUGUGAUAGAGAUUGAUGAAAAGACUUAUGUUAAAAUAUAAAAUAGUUCAUAUUAGAAUCAAACUCCACUAAUAUUCAAAACUAUCUUCUUUUACAAUACAAUAAAAACACCUUUUCUUCUUUAGAACUACAAUAAAAUUCUCUUAUAAAAAAAUUUGAUCCAUAGUUUUGUAAAAAAUAUUUGGAUACUGGUUAGUUAUUGACACAAAUAAAAUUAUAUUUUUUUGGAUCGGCAGUUAUGCGCGCGUCUUUCUGCUAGUAAAAAAAUUGCAGAAGAACUAAACAUGAACCUUUUUUAUUUAUGAUCAAUUUAUCAUUAUUUUUCUUCAAAUUUUUUUUAUCACUGUACUGAUGGUACUAAUAGUUUUUAAGCUUAUAAUAUUAAGAUGCUAAUGCUGAUAUAAUUAAGUGUUAGUAGGUAUAUAUGUAACAGAAGAGAGGAAUCCAUUUUAUUCUGUGAUAUAAUUGUAGCUAUUUUUAGUUGUAAACAAAAACAAAGACGCAGUUAUAUACCUGAUACUUACAGACUCAAUAAUAUACUGCUAGGGGUGCAAUCUCUUUAGUUCCAUUGUUAAUAUAUAGGCGUAGAGCAAAAGUGUCACCGCGCGGGUACGUGUUGAUUUUUAUGUGAAAACCAGAGUACUGCUCUUUCCCAGGGGGUAGGCAGACUACAUCCUUCCCAGGGCCCUUCAUUAGCUUCAUCCAUAGUCAUCAAAUAAAUGGAACAUCCCUCUAUCGACCCGACCGACACAUGCUCUCAAUAUGUUUUGUAUCAAAAGAAAUUUAAACUGGCAUUAUAAAACAGAAGGCUCGCUAGCCACCUUAGAAAAUUCAUCUAGAUGUAUAACAAAAAGUUUGUCAAAUAUUCUAUUCAAAAUAAAUUAUUUUUAUUAGA